AUGUCGUGUUAUGCAGAUACGUUUGUGAGAAUUAAAUUGGUUCGUCAAACUAUAAAAGAAGAAAGUAACUUAAUUGUUGUAUGGGCUGUCAGUGAAUAUCCUAUUGGUCGUGAAGAUAAUAAAAUCAAUAUGUAG